AUGAAGCUGCUGACAGUCCUCAUGCUCACGGCGCUCCCCCUUUUCUGCUAUGCAGGUUAUGGGUGUCUUGUACUUGAGGAGGUAGUUGAGAAAACAGUAGAUGGGUCCAUGACCUUAGAUGCCUACAUUGACUUUGUUCGAGAAUUCCUGGAGGACGAAGACAUUGAAAAUGCUAUAAGGAGCAUGAAGACAUGUUUUAAUCAACAGUCACUAGAAACUCUGGACAACUAUAGAAUGAUGAUGGUAACUUGA